CUACUAUACAGUGCUCCAAGAAAGAGAGAAAAUGUGUUAUGGCGUACCAACGGUUGGUUAGACUUUUUACAUGUGUGAUUUAAACAUGGAGACCUCUUCCACCAAAUUAUAUAUACACAGCUAAUUAGAUCCAAAUUCCUUGGGACUCUCUCUCUCUCUCGAAAACGAAAGGGGACCUAUGGCAACCAAGGCCUCCGCAGUUCUCUUCUUCUUUCUCACCAUCUCCUUCUUCAUACCUCUAACCCAUGCCAAGAAACAGACUGAAGCUCUAAGCCAACUCUACAAAGCCAAGUUGAGGAAGAAUUCUCCGGUUGACAAGGGCCGUUUCGGUCUGAUUCAAGAUCGAAAUGGGCCCAAGGUCUUUCCACAGGAGGGAAUGAAGGAGAGAGACAGGAUUGACAAAUUGCCCGGGCAACCCAAGGCAGGGUUUGAUCAGUAUGGUGGGUACGUCACGGUCAAUGAAUCAGCUGGUCGCGCUUUCUAUUAUUACUUUGUUGAAGCACAGAAGGCUAAGCACUAUUUGCCUCUUCUUCUUUGGCUUAAUGGAGGCCCUGGUUGUUCUUCUCUUGCCUAUGGAGCAAUGCAAGAGCUGGGACCAUUCCGUGUCCACAGCGACGGCAAAACUCUCUACAAGAAUCCAUUCGCAUGGAACCAUGCUGCAAAUGUUUUAUUUUUGGAGUCGCCGGCCGGAGUAGGAUUUUCGUACUCGAACACGACAUCGGACGUUACAAGUGGCGGAGAUAGAACAACAUCAUCGGAUAAUUAUGUGUUCUUGUUAAAUUGGCUCGAGAGAUUUUCUGAGUACAAAAAUACGGAGUUUUACAUUGGCGGCGAGAGCUACGCCGGACAUUAUGUGCCUCAGCUUGCGCACACUAUCCUUCAUUUUAACAAGUUGGCUAACAAGACCCUCGUCAACCUCAAAGGCAUUAUUAUUGGGAAUGCAGUAAUCAACGAUCUAACCGAUAAUAUAGGAAUGGUGGAUUAUUUCGGGAGCCACUCUCUCAUUUCCGAUCAAGCUCAGCUCCAAAUCCGGAAACACUGUAAUUUCUCAGACGAUGAUGCCGCCGCUAGGUCCGCUGAAUGCAGAAGUGGUUUAACUGAAGCUAACAGGGUUUUUGACGACAUUGAUGUGUACAACAUCUAUGGUCCUGUAUGCUUCUCUCCCAAUCUCACUGCAAAACCCAUCAAGGCUUCUGUAUUGAAUUUCGAUCCAUGCACUGAUAAUUAUGUGCAUGCUUAUUUGAAUAGUCCUGAGGUUCAAAAGGCAAUGCAUGCCAAUGUUACCAAAAUCAGCUAUGAUUGGGAAGCAUGCAGCGAUGUCAUCCAAAAAUGGAGAGACAGCCCAUCCACAAUCAUUCCCCUCCUCCAAGAACUGAUGGAAAAUGAGGUCCGAGUAUGGGUAUUUAGUGGAGACACUGAUGGAAGGGUACCAGUCACAUCAACCAAGUACUCCCUUAACAAGAUGAAGCUUCCUGUGAAGACUGCAUGGCACCCUUGGUUUCUCAAUGGAGAGGUUGGUGGGUAUACAGAAGUUUACAAGGGAGACCUAACAUUUGUUACAGUUAGAGGAGCAGGGCAUCAAGUCCCCAGCCUUAGCCCCCCAAGAGCUCUUGCUCUCAUCUCACACUUUCUGGCUGGGACCACUCUCCCGAAUUCUACUUCGAUACAGCACUACUAAUCUCCUCUUCUUUUUCCUAAUCGAUAUUUAUUUUUUGUCGGUAUUUUCCUGUUUUGGCAACAAGAGGAAAAUCAAAUUACGAAUCGAAUAAAAAAACGAAAUGCAUUUCAGAGAUUUAA